AUGGAAUAUGUCGCAACAGAUAAAUUCGGGAAUGCGGAUGUAUUGUCGCGUCUAAUUGAUCAGCACAUCAAACCCGAUGAAGAUUUUGUAGUAGCCUGCACAAACCUCGAAGAAGACCUAAAAUCUGUAGCCAACAGCACAAUCAGUCAGCUUCCACUCAGUUUUCGGAUGGUAGAGCUAGCCACAAAUUCCGAUCCAGUUCUCCAGAAAGUCUACCGUUUCAUCAAACACGGAUGGCCGAAAAAUCGUGCCGAAAUUAAGGACCAAAAGUUACUGCGCUACUACGACCGCCAGGAAGCGCUGUCGAUCGUCGAUGGAAGAGUCCAACGGAUGAAGGCAAUCGCGCGCAGCUUUGUCUAUUGGCCUUGUUUGGACGAUGAGAUCACUAGCUACGUUCGAGCUUGUAACAGUCAGCAGCAAGAUCUCCGCCAAAAGCAGCACCAGUACCAUGGCCAAAACCCGUGGUUCCUUGGCAGACAAUUCACGUCGAUUAUGCUGGCCCACUGGAAGGAAAUUCUUCCGACCAAGUCCAUCACAGCGAAGGCUAUAAUUAACCUGCUACGAAGUGUGUUCACCAACAAAGGGAUGCCAGAAGUCUUAGUGUCCGAUAAUGGCACGCAUUUCACAAGCGCCGAAUUCAAGGAGUUCUGCGUUGAAAAUGGAGUGGAACACGUGACAACAGCACCAUUCCAUCCACAAUCCAACGGCAAGCCGAAAGAUUUGUGGACACCUUUAAGCGGGCGAACCACACCAAAUCUGAAUACGCCAGAUGGAAGAUCGCCUGCGGAGCUGAUGUACAAUCGUCAGCUCAGAACAUCAUUGGAACUUCUACGUGUACCGCACAACCAAGCACCGCCAAUGCAGAAUCAAGCCAAUCCUCAAUCCAGGUCGUUCGUUCCGAAGGAUACCGUUUACGCCAAAGUGUACGUCAACAAUAAGUGGACUUGGGCACCAGGAACGGUAGUGGAGAGGAUCGGCUGUGUAAUGUACAACGUAUGGGUCGAUAAUAGGAAGUUGAUCCGUUCUCACAUAAACCAGUUGAAGAGCCGAGGUGCAAUGACCCAUCGAGAAAACAAGAAACUAAGUAUACCGCUAGACAUUCUGCUGAGUGAGUGCGACGUGAACACACCUGUAGUGAUGCGUACUCCAGUCCCCUCACCGGAACACCGAUUGGAAUCAUCGAAUCGAGCGUCGUCCGGUUCGAAAUCAUUUCCGUUACCAAACGAAACAAAUUCGACCCUCUCAACUGCGACGUCAUCGACUGGUCGUGAACCAGCAGCUGAAUUUUCGCAAGUGAUACAAGCCCCUCGACGAUCUUCUCGCGUCAGAAGAGCGCCGCAGUGGUUCAACGCUUACCAUCUCGCCUACAUCACAACAGAACGAUAG